AUGACCGACGCCAGUAGCUCAAAUGGCUCGGGGGAGCACUCCCCAACAGCGAAGCCCACGACCAUGGAGCACAUCGAGCAGAUCCACACCAACGAGCGAGUCCCUGGCCACACGAACUACUAUGAGAAGGAUGGUCUGAGAACAUACGGGGACGACGAAAAUCACGACGUCGAGCCGCCAAUGACAUUCUCGAGGAUCAUGAGUCUUAUCGCCAUGGCGUUCCUCUGGACCGGCAGUCAGAUUCCUGUAUAUCUCUUCGGCGGUGUCCCACCAUAUAUCUACGCCGACAUUGGCGGUGUCGAUCGAUGGAUCUGGUUCGUCCUCGCGAAUCUGCUUUCCCUCGCUGCCGUCUGUCCAUUCGUUGGAUCAAUCUCCGAUAUCGUGGGUCGCCGCUAUGUUGCCAUGAUUGGCGCCUGCUUUCUCAUCUUGGGCAUGAUCAUCUGCUCGACAGCGCACACGAUGAACAUCUUCAUCAGCGGCAUGGUCUUCUCCGGCGUUGGCGCCGGUAUCAACGAGCUCACAGCACUGGCCGUGACAUCUGAAUUGGCGCCCACUUCGCAGCGUGGCAAGUACGUUGCCAUUCUGGUGUUCACAAUCAUCCCGUUUUGCCCUUCCGUACUCUGGGCACAACUGAUUGCCUCGCACACGAGCUGGAGAUGGAUCGGCUGCUGGUGCGGUGUCUGGGCCUUCAUUGGCCUUGUCAUGACUGCCGUCUUCUACCAUCCUCCUCCCCGACCGAACAGCCAAGGUCUGAGCCGCAGGCAAAUUCUCUCCGAGAUCGACUACCUCGGCGGAUUUCUAUCUAUCUCUGGAAUGCUCCUCUUCAUGAUGGGAAUGCAAUGGGGAGGGUACCAGUACCCAUGGUCGAGCGCGCACGUCCUCGCACCUCUGAUUUUGGGCGCAAUCCUCAUCGUGGCGUUCGUGGUCUGGCAAGGCUACGCAAAACACCCCAUGUUCCCGAAGAGACUGCGACAAGAGCCUCGCAUCCUCGGACUCACCCUCGUCAUUACCUUCAUCUCCGGCGCCAACUUCUUCUCCAUCCUCAUGUUCUGGCCUACACAGGCCUUCAACGUGUACGGUCAUGAUCCCGUCGGUGUCGGGAUCCGUGGUAUUCCCGUCGGAUUCUCCAUCCUGGCUGGCGCAUGCAUUGUUCUGUGGCUUCUCUCUCUGCUCCGCGGGCACAACAAGGAGCUUCUUAUCGUAUCCUCUAUCCUCAUGACGGCUGGCUGUGGUUCUCUCGCAAUUGCCCGUGUGGACAAUCUGCACCAACUCUGGGGAUUGCUUGUUCUGGCUGGACUUGGAAUUGGAGGCAUUGUGGUCCCAGCAUCAAUUAUCUAUGAUCUCAUCGCAACAGUCGCCGCCCUCACACUGGCUAUUCGUGUCAUUGGCGGUUCGGUUGGAUACUGCGUCUACUAUAACGUUUUCAUUUCCAAGUUCGUCCCUGCUGCCACGCACUUCAUCGGCGGCGCCAUGGUAACCAAACUAAACAUCACCGACACAGCCACCAUCGGCGAAGCCAUCGUCAUCACAGGCAGCUCGCUGCUCCCCGCCCUCAAGGAACUCCCAGGUAUCAAGGACGUUCCCGGCGCGUACGAGCUUGUCGUCUAUGCUGGCCAGCUCGCCUACGCGGAGGCGUAUAAAUACGUCUACUAUGUGAGCAUAGCGUUUGGAGCUGUCAGCAUCGUUGCCGCGUGCUUCUUGGGCGACAUUUCCAAGUAUAUGGAUGAUCACGUGGCAGUGGUCAUGCAUUGA